AUGGUCGGAGCGCAGGAGGCGCUGGAAGUCGUUGAUGUAGUAGGUGAAGGGAAGAAAGAGAAGUUUUCGGAGCAGCAGCAGCAGCAGCAGCAGCAGCAGCAGCAGCAGCAGCAGCAGCAGCAGCAGCAGCAGCAGCAGCAGCAGCAGCAGCAGCAGCAGCAGCAGCAGCAGCAGCAGCAGCAGCAGCAGCAGCAGCAGCAGCAGCAGCAGCAGCAGCAGCAGCAGCAGCAGCAGCAGCAGGAGACGAGGACGACGAGGACGGACGGACGGACGGACG